UAAAAAAUAAACGACAAAAAAAACUCGAACUAAAGUUCACUUUCCAUUCCCUGGCUAGGUAAUAACCUCUAGCGUGCUGUAUCUCAGCAUCGGUUAGUAGUUUUUCCAGAAAGGGCAUUUUUUAGGUGUUUAAGAGUUUAAGAGGCGAUUUUGUUUUGGCUCCAAUGUUCGAAGAUCCAGUCGAGUCGUUGGAAUAAUGCUGUCAACAUGGACGAUACCAACUGAUCCUGGUUAUAACACUAGAAGACCUAACACUGCUAACAGAUACGAACCAACGGGAGAUCAAUGUCGACCUAAGCCAAGAGUAAAGCCUGAAGCCUUGUCGAAUGCGAUAAAAGGACAAGGUUCGCUAUCUCAGCUGUUUAAUCCCAACUCGAAACCAUACAAUCUUCUGUCAAGACCAGGUUCUGCUCAGCCCAAGGACUUUACCAAAGAAAAUGCAUAUCAUAUCAAACAAAUGCAGAGAGCCAACCGCAAGAAACAGCAAGAUGCAGCAGCAGGAGAACCAGUUAAAGCUGUAUAUAAACCUGAUAAGUUUGAUCAUGUAGAGUCAAAAGUAGCUCAAGAGCUUAAGGCACCUUUGCAAGCUCCAAGACCAAGCUCUGCAACAUUUUUAAGAGCACAUUCAAGAAAUGGUCCCCCAGUUAAAGAUAGACCUUCAUCUGCAGAACCUGUUAUACCAAGGGAAGAAAAACUAACAAUACCUAAAGCAGCUGCUUCUAAAGAGAAUUCUCCACCAAAGAAAAACCCAAACCAUAUCGCACAAAAUAUACGACGAUUAACAGCUUCACCUGGUCCUCGUAGAGCUCCUUCCACCAUGGCACUGGAAAAUCUAAAAAAGAAAAAACAAGAGGAAGAAGAGAAAUAUAAAAAGGGCAUAGUUCCUAAAUAUCUGAAAAAACGACAAAAGCAGUGGAAAAAAGAGGAGGAAAUGCGAAUAGCUAACAUCCCAGACCCAAGCAUCCCUCCUGGACAUGCGCUUAUGCCACGAGAUGAACGAUUACAGACACUAGACGCACUACAAAAAAAUCAAGAAGAACUUCUCAUCGAACUUCGUUCCCUUCCCGUCAGAGUCGACACACUUCGGGUGCGAACGAAAAAAGCCGAACUAGAACGACGCCUUUCCGAGAUAGAAAGCGCAAUCAAAAUAUUCUCCAGACCGAAGGUGUUCGUAAAAAUCGACGAAUAACCUUCACACAAAAACAUAUUUUUGUAAAUAUUAUAUUCUCAUGUAGAUCUUUAGGAAUAUAGUGUUAUAUACCAACAUCCCUGACCAGGACGGGCGAACCAGGAGUUUGAUUACCUUAUUCGGGCUUCCUGUGGAUUGCCAGAGGAAUGAUAUUUUUUUCUCCCGUUACAAAUUGAUCGGUGUCUAGGGUGCAUGCGCCUUACCGCUGAGUUCAUGAUAACGAAGGCUCGCAGCACACCAUAGCCUUGGUACAAGGGCGUCUAGUUUAAGAUCGAAAAUAAUCCUAACCAUGCAGUGUUAUCAUUACACAUACUAGUAUUCAAUGCUUAAUCGUAUAAAUCCCACAUAUGUAACUACAAUUAUUUUCUAAAACGACCAUGUGCUGGAUUAUGUGACGAUUCUUGUGAUGCAAUCAUACUCAGAAGGAAGUAGCCAUGGCCGCCAUGUUGGAUGCCAAAUGAAUCAAGAAAAAUUAUUUACUUUUUUCGGUCAAGAAAUUCUGUGCCAAGGGACUGUCAAUUAGCGAAAAAUCACACAUUUUCCUGGCAUAUUUCUUAUGUGCUGGCAUUAUUUACAUAAGGUUCACAAUACCUUUUACAAUCAAAACGGUUCAAACUUCCCACUCCCCCAGGUUCCAUUAAUGGUUUCGUUAUUCGAAUAUUAAAAUUUAUAAUUC